AGAGAAUCUCGUACAUUUGCAUGUUUUGAUCGAUGAAAAUCAAAGGAAAGUCAAAAAAUCCUUAUUUUUCCAAUUUUUCCCGAUUUUGUGCAUGAAUGUGACUGAAUUUGUGAUAAAGUUACUAAAUCUCAUUCUCAAAGUGAGAAAAAAGUGCAAAAACACUUAAAGUACACUAGAAAAUUGCUUUUAGUGUUAUCCUUUGGAGUUCCUUUGCGGAAGACGCGGCUUUUUUUGCGCGCCAAAAUCCAUCGGCGAGGCAAAAAAUCCUUUUUGUCCUGAAAGACAAUUUCGAUAAUUUCUCCUGCAAGUUUUCCUAUAAUCCAGUGAUUAGAAAAUCCAUCCGUGGUGAAUUCAAACAUCAGGGAAUGUUCCGGAGUGAAUGAUUUGGAAGGAAAAAAUGAAUCUCCUGGAAGAAGAAAUCCCAUCAUUUUACAUCUCUAAAUCUUCAACGAAGAAUUAUCCAUUGUUCCAAGUUGAUAUUUUGGAUCGAAGAGUUGAGGUUCAUUUGGAAAAAGUUGAUACAACGGAGAUCUCAAAUGAUGCCGAAGAGAAGUUAAUCAAGGAGCCCCCUGAUAGUGAAGGAGUAGUAGAGUCAUCGGGUGCAGAGAAGCUCCCAGUGGGGACACUCAUGUGGGCAACAUUGUCCAAAUACCCAUACUGGCCAUGUAUUGUGGCUUCAGAGACUGAAGAUGACGGGAAGUGUCUUCAUGUUAGAUUCUUCGGGGAUCACGGGAGGAAUGGGUGGGUGACACAUUUCUUUCAAUUUAAUGGGAAAGAUGACUUCCUCGCACAGAAAGGUUCCGGGAAGAAAUUCAAUGUGAAUUACCACUACCGGAAGCAGUGGGAGACUGCAGUGAAAGAAGCUGAGGAGUUCCUUGAAUAUCCCAUUGAGAAGCGUCUGCAAUCCUUCAGGAAGCUUGUUGAGAAGCAGAAAAAAGCCUUAUUGAAGGAAGUUAGAAAAAAGCGUAAGCCUCCAAGGAAUUCCCCUGCAGAUGGUGGGGAUAGGAAGAGAUUGAAAUUAGAUGAAGCAGAGCAGGGUCCGUGGCGUGGAGAUUUACUGCCGGUAUUCCCGCUUGCAAUGCGAGAAAAAUCCACAGAGCUGUCUGAGAGUGGAAUUAGCACAUCCGGAAGCAUUAGUCCGUGCCCAACGCUUGAUUUGGGCACUAUAACACCCAUCCGGGUAACUCCGGAGCCAAUGGUGAAGGUAUCCAAGCAGCUGGACAUUGAAGCCUUCUUCCGGUUGAAUCAAAAUCAAAUUCACACGGAACUCACGCUGAACCUCCGGAAGAGCCAUCGAAAUGUCUGUCGCUUCUGCGGAAGCUCCAAGGGGGGCAUGGUGAAGUGCACGGGGCGCUGUGGGGAAUCAUUUCACCACAAAUGCAGGAUAAUCAAUGUUGAUCUCUCAAAUCGUCCCAAAUUCCCCGUGACUGGAGAUCAGGACUGGAUGGAGGAUUCCCCGAGUGAUGGUGGUGAUCACAUGUGCCCAGAAUGCUCAGAUGAUCCCAAGGUGUGCUUUGUAUGCGGCAAAUCCAUUGCACCGGAUGACGGGAAGCAGUGUAUGGAGAGAUCCUGCAUGAGAUCCUAUCAUCAGGAGUGUCUGAAGAUUUGGCCACAAGCAAAGAUGAGUCAUGCACAGAAAUUCACUUGUCCCCAGCAUUUGUGUCACAUCUGUGCAUCAGACGAUCCAGCUGGUCAUCAAGUUGACCGGAAGUCAAAACUCCUUCGAUGUAUUCUCUGCCCCAGUACAUACCACAGCACGCCAAAAUGUAUUCCAGCCGGAUGUGAAGUCUUGUCAGGCACGCGCCUCAUUUGCCCCAAACACUGGCCAUUGGCGUCGAAGCAGAUCAAUGUGAAUUGGUGCUUCAUCUGUGCCCAAGGCGGUACUCUUCUGUGCUGCGACAGUUGCCCCAUUGCUGUUCACGAGGCGUGUGCAAACACAACAGCCACGGAGGCUGCCAGUUAUAUUUGCGAUGAUUGCGAAUCCGGAAGAACGUUGGUUUACGGGGAUCUCGUGUGGGCCAAACAAGCACACUACCGCUGGUGGCCUGCCUUCAUUGUCACCGAAAACUGCAUCCCGGAAACUCUGCAGAACACCCCACACAAUCGCGGGGAUAUUGGAACGUACUUCCUGGGUUCACACAACUGGGCGUGGUUGCCGCGUAAACGAAUGUUCCUCUACCAGGAAGACGAUGGGAAGGGCAAGAGUAGCAAUCGCCUCAAGGGGUCCUUCACAAAAUCCCUCGAUGAGGCAAAAAUUCUCUGUCAAGUCAGUAGGAAGAUGCAGCAAGAUGACAAGUCCGAUGUGAGGGUUCGCAUGGAACCACCGCCGCCGUACAAAAGGAUCAAAUGGAAUCAAUUUGUUGCCCCGGUAAAGAUGCGCGACACACUGAUGCAACAGGAUAAAUUAAUAGAGCAGUGCUCGUGCAAGAAUCUAAUGGAAUUGGACAAGUGCGGUGCGCAGUCGUCGUGCAUGAAUCGCUACUUGCAAAUUGAGUGCAGCGAUGAGAUUUGCGCAUCGGGCAGGGAGUGCCAGAAUCGACGCUUCACACGGUGUGAGUAUCCAGCAACGGAGAUCAUUCGUACACAGAGUCGUGGCUGGGGAUUGGUGACAAGUGAGGAGCUGCACGAGGGAGAUUUUGUCAUUGAGUACGUUGGGGAGAUUCUCAAUAGUCAGCAAGUUGAGCAACGCAUCAAGCACAAGCAGGAGACUCGGAAUAAUGUCUACUACUUCCUCACACUCACAAAUAACCUGACCAUUGAUGCUGAGCACAAGGGCAAUGUAUCGCGAUUCAUUAAUCACUCAUGUGAUCCCAAUUGUAUGGCUCAAACGUGGACGGUGAAGGGAGCAACGCGUGUGGGCAUAUUUGCCAUUAAGGACAUUCCGAAGGGAACUGAAUUAACUUUUGACUACAAGUGGGACAAUCAUGAUACAGCUGGAACAAUCUGUCAGUGUGGGGCAACUACGUGCUCUGGUUCAAUUGGGGGCAAUCGGAAGCCACGGCUGAACGUUUCCCAGCGGAAAAUUGUUAAAGAAACCAAAAGGACCGAACCUGCAUCACAUUGAUGACUCUUCUUCUUAGCUCAAUCUUUUGCAUGAGUACAACAAUCAGAAGCCAACUGAUUUCAAGCAACUUUUGGGCACAUGUUUAGUAAAGAAAAGAAUGUUAGCAUAAAAGCAUAAAAAUAGGAAAAUUAAACUUUGAAAAAAAAAAUGUUUGAAAUAUGAAAAACAAAAUAUACGUACUGACUUUUUGAAAGAAA